GGAAGUUGCGGGAAGAUGUCGACCGCCAUGAAUUUCAGCUCCAAGAGUUUCAGCCCCAGGCCGCCGGACAAGGGCUCCUUCCCCCUGGACCACCUGGGUGAAUGUAAAGAAUUUAAGGAGAAAUUUAUGAACUGCCUCCGUGAGAAUAAGUUUGGCAAUUCUCCGUGCAGAGAGCAAUCAAAGGAAUACCUGGAGUGCAGAAUGGAAAGGCAGCUGAUGACAAAAGAACCACUGGAAAAACUGGGAUUCAAAGAUCUUCUCGACAGUAAUAAAGCAGAAAAACAACAGACGAAAACCUAACAGGAGAAAAGCAUGUAUCUACAAAUUGAACAAGAGGCCAUUGAUGGAAUUAUUUUCCUACUGAAUCUGUAUAUAUUGUAAAAGAUAAGUUUCUGUGUAAUAAAGUGUGGAA